AUGGCGCUCGGUGUAUCGUCCAAAAGCCACUCGAGUCUGUUGAAAGAUGUGAGUAGCUUCCGUGAGACUUUUGGUCAAACCCAGCAUGCUCUGAAUGAAGCGCAGCCUCAUCUGGAGACGCUCGAAGGCGAUCACGCCCGUCUUCAGACGAUGGAGACACGUCUGACUCGUCUUGAAGCACAGCUUGAUCUCUUGAUCCGGAUACAAAAUCUUAUGGCAACGCCAUUGUACGCGGCGCAAGCGCCUUCAAGUCAACAAGGGAUGGAUCCCGGUACGGCUUAA